AUGCACCGCAUCGCUUUCUGGAGUCUCUUCGGCCUCGGCGCCCGAUUCUGGCAAAUGGGUAUCGAGAUGCGUCCCUUCUUCAGCAAGUCCUCCCUGUGGGUGUACCCCGUCUACGCAGCCGGCGGUGCCAGCUUCGGAUAUUGGCUCCAGGGCGUCGACGACAGACAAACCGACACACUGAGGGAGCGAAAGAACAUCCUCCUCGAGAAGCGAGCGCGCAAGGCCGAGAAGGAUGCCCAGGCUGAGGCUUAA